AAAAGUCCAGGGCCUUAGCAACACUUCCUGUUCCUUACAUAGGAUUGAAUCGCAACUCUGCUGUGCUGUAAAUUUGGCCGUGGGUUCUGUGGCUAGACACCAUGCAGCUUUUUCCUAGUUGUGAGUGGCUUAUCCGAGGAUGCUUGUUGAGGAAAUCAAGCAGGCUAUUCGAGUACCUUGCGUCACAUUCAGAGCUCGAGAUGGAGAUUGUGAACAACAAGCUUUAGCAGAAGCAGGGUUUCGGCUUUAACGCUAACAUUGUAUGAGAAACAAACAAGGAUGUCUACAAACAGGAAGUGAAGCGGCUUAUUCACAUUUCCUUUACCGCACCGAGUGCUGAGAUCCAGACCUACUGUUGUUGCCGCCACCAUUUUACUUUUUACUGCUUGUUACCUGUUGCUUUUAAAAAUGUACACAGAAAGAACGUGGACAUAAUGGAUGAUCCUGGUUUGCAGAUCCUGUCAUUAGAGGCCAUUUUACAUUGUAAAGCAGUUUGUCAUAGACCAUAAAGCCACAAUCCAUUUGGCUGGAGCAUCUGAGUCAGAAAUCACCUCCUGUUGCUGCACUGUCUCCAUAAAACCGUCUGCUGUCUUCUGGAUAAUUCAGCCUAACGUUGCCUUAACCAAGAUGAAGAGAAAACUGUACAUAUGUCUAGGUGUAGUUUUGUUAAUGAUAGCUGCUUACACCUUUCAAUGGACUGGGGGUCAGUCUUAUAUAAUGCCCAGUACACAAAUGAAGAACCAGACAGAGUCACAGCCUGCAAAGCGAGGUCGUUUCUGUAGCUGUGAAACUUGUAUAGCGGACACAGGUGAAUCAGAAUGGUUCGACAAACACUACGACCACCAACAGCAACCGUACUUCACCGGCAGUGAAAUUGACAUAGAUCCAGUCUCGCUCAAGUGGUGGAUGUCUUUGCAGGCAUCUACUGGGACAUUCAAGGAAGUCAUCGAGGAUAUGUAUAAGAUCAUCUCCCCUCCAUCCGAAGAUGAAAAGCCUCGGCAAGACCAAUGCCGGAGAUGUGCAGUUGUUGGAAACUCAGGGAAUCUAUUGAAUUCCAAACGGGGAGCUUUGAUAGACUCUCAUUCAAUUGUUAUUCGAAUGAAUAAAGCUGUAACAAAGGGUUAUGAAGAGGAUGUUGGAAACCGGACCACUCAUCAUUUCAUGUACCCUGAAAGUGCGAUUGAUCUUAAUCCUGGUGUCCAUCUCGUCCUUCUUCCUUUCAAACUGCGAGACAUGCAAUGGUUGUCCAGUGCGCUGUCCACAGGGACAAUAACAGUGACCUACAUGCGAGUAAAGAACCUUGUACGAGCUGAUAAGGACAAGGUAUUAGUUGUAAAUCCAGCCUUCUUUAAAUAUACAUAUGACAAGUGGACAGAGCAUCAUGGGAGAUACCCGUCGACCGGGAUAAUGGCCAUUAUAUUUGCUUUGCACAUCUGUGACGAGGUGUCCGUGUUUGGAUUUGGUGCGGACAAUUUCGGAAACUGGCACCACUACUGGGAGAACAACAGAAAUGCCGGUGCCUUCCGAAAGACUGGCGUCCACAACGCAGAUUUCGAAAGAGGGAUCAUCCAAAAGCUCGACGCAGAGCACAAGAUCAAAAUGUACUGAUGAGUCUGUAAUCGUGGCCUUUAUUGACUAAGUAGUGCUCAAGCCAUGUAAACGCAGAGCUGGGAUUUACAGCAGCGGUAUAGAAGCCAAAGAGAUGCAGAACAUCCACUAUAAUUGACCACUGUGAACCGCACUGAACCAAACCCACAGACUUGAAGCUGUAUUUUUAAGACCAAAUGAACUUCUGUUCUUGGACAGCAUUUACUCAGAAUGUGCCUGACCUUUUAACGGAGCAAAGCUGGAUGUUGUCUUCCUCCCUAAUCAGGAAUUGAACACUGAUGAAAACAAACAGUAAGCAAACUGACUUAAUCUGAGCCAGUUCAGAUUUGAUUGUUUGUGUUUGAACUAAAGUGACUUGCCUUACGCUGUGUUUACACUGUCAUUGCACGACAUGACAAAACUGAAUCGCUUUUAUUAUUAUUUUUUAAUUAAUGAAACCGUCUAGACUUAAAUGACCGUUUACACCACUUGCUUGCUGUGUAGGUGUGGUGUUACAAAAUGCUAGUGUUAGCAUUAAAGCCUUAAAGUCAACAUGAAACUAUUACAUUGAGGAUAAAGUUGCCACUCAUUGGGAUAUCUGAAAGACUUUACACGUUUUCUUUAACGUUAUUUCCUAUUAUUAUUUCCCAAACUGACAUUAUAAAUCUGCUAACACAUGCUGGAGGAUUUUUUUAUUUACUUUGGACUGAUAUUUAAGUUUUAUGUUUUUCCUUUUUGGGAAUUUUGUUAGUGUAUGGUAAUGUAUAUGUUUAAGGGUAUUUUAUACCUUAAGACCAAAGCCGUCCCUACAGUGAGGCAUUUGGUCUCUGUGGCCUUGUAAUGACCCUCUGUCACUCUUAUAAUAACAGACUUGCCUCUGAUUUCAAGUCAGUGUCUUGUGAUUUACAGUUCUGAAUAUAGCAGAUGCUGCAUUUGCCUCUUUGAUUCAUCUUCUUGUUUCUCAUCAUGUGAUUUUAAAUUACGAUUGAUCUUUGUAUUUUUAUAGUUGAAAUGAGUGGUGGUAAAUGUUUUGUGGUUUUUCCCUUUUAUAUCCAAGUUUGCAUUAUUGUAAACUUUUAUAAGGACUGUGACAGGGCUAAAACUUGAUCAUGUUUGUUGCCAAGAGUUAUGAUACACACGCUGGCCUGUGGUUGUUUUGUGAUUUAUGUUCUUGAAUGUAUUGUGGCUUUGCAUUUACUGCCUUACGUCAAUCAAUUCAUGGGUUUUGCAUCAAACCAGUGGCGGCCUGUGACUUAUUUUUUCGAGGACGCUCGAUGUGAAGUUCAUCACAACAUGUAUGUAGCCCAUCAUGUGUGUGGUUUGUAAUUUCAAAAUAUGUGUUCAGCGCGUCGAAAGAUCCUGUGUGCAUCAUGUGUCUUGUCAAAAUAAGUGCCGGCUGCAGAUGCGUCUAAAGGGUUUAUGAUAAAAAAGACGCUUGCGUUUGCCAGAUACUCGCAUAAUCAGAGUUUACUGUUAAGGGAGUGUCUUGCGUGUAUUUUGUGAACGUGAGCGUCUCUUUUAUCAUAAAUGGUUUUGACGCGUGUGCAGCAGGCACUUAUUUUGACAAAACACGUGAUGCACAUGGUUCACAUGACGCAACAAACACAUAUUUUGAAAACACGAGCAACACACGACACUCAGAACACUUUUUUUGAAUUUGCGCCCCUCGGAUGAACAGUCACGAGCCGCCACUGCAUCAACGAUGGUUACAUAGAAAACACAACCAAAAUUUUACAGUUGAAAAGAUCAGUACUUUUUUGUUAAAAAAAAAACAACUAGUGGGCAAGAACAUAAUAAAAUUUGUGUUCAAAACUCUCUCUUUCCCAUAGGCCUAUUAAUAAUGAUAAAAAAUUUUAGCUGUCGGGUACGAUUUCACAGGUAAUGUCAGUCUGCUUCAUUAUACUCACAUAAAGGAAACAACUCGAUGCAAUUUGUGUUUAAAAUAUAAAUACAAUAGAGAUGCAUAAGUAUCUUUAAAAAUGAUUAUUUCGGUUUGUGCAAAACUGAGUAAAGAUCAAAAAAAGGCAACACAAAGAAGUGUUUAAUUCUCUAUUUGGUAACAAAGAAAGCAUAAACAAUUUCAAAAUUGUAUCGUCACAGUUUAGGGUAUCAAUUAUGACAUUAAAAAUACAAAUAUAUGUUGAAUAAAUAAAAAGCAGAAAAAACAUAAACCUAUGAUUUUAUAUUGGCAUACACAAAACAUAAAUAUCCCACAAGACCCUUUUUCCAUUCAAGUUCUUUAUCAACAACAACAAAAAUCACAUUAUUUCAACAUGUUUAAAUACAUUUAAGUAUAUAUACUGUAUAAGUUCCUCUAAUGCAAGUAAAAAAAUAAGUGGCCACCUAAAACUAUUGGAGAUUUUAUUCAGGACGAGUCUAAGAUCCAGUGUCUGAGGAGUAAAGUGUUUUGUAUGGUUUUGUUCACAUACUUAACAUGUUACUUAACAACACGUAACAUGUUCCCUGGGUGUGCCAUGAUGCGAAAUGUUGAAACAAGAAUAGAGUAGUUCUCUAUUCUCAAAGCACUUUAGUGAAGUUAAAAACAAUACAGCUGAACGUGAUGAUUAAUGGCCAAAUUGCAUGGUGUGUGCACAUCUAUGUUCAUGAUUUGUGUUUUGUGAUUAAUCUGUGGUCUGUGUCUUCAAUAAACCACUUACAUAACCAUUUAA